CGUAGAGGGAGGUGGCGGGCGGGUUGGCAUGUUUCUUGCCGAAGAGUUUGCUGAAAGUGCCCGGGUUCUUUUUCAUGCUGCCGCCGGCCGCGCGGGCGCUGGGGGAGGACCGUCCCUCCCUCGCCUGCCCUGCUCCGGACUGGACUCCACACCGUCUCCCCGGGGGCCUCUACCAGGCCAUGCCGCGCGCCGUCCUCCCGGCCCGCGCACCGGGCGACAGGUGCUGGGGGCGCCGCCGCUCUCCGAGAAAUGCGAGCUACCUGGACAGGACUCACAGAAAUCCUCAGUACCCAGUCAUGGGCCGAAGACACCAUCAGGCCAAAAGGUGAAGGCUCCACACCGUCCCCUGUCCUUGUCGUGGAAGCAGGACCGUGAGCAGACUCUGGCGGCAGCCUAUGUGCCAGUGGUGGUGGACCCCAGAGGGCAGAACCCAGACAAGCUCAGGUUCAAUUUCUACACCUCCCAGUACUCCAACUCCCUGAACCCCUUCUACACCUUGCAGAAGCCCACUUGCGGCUACCUGUACCGCCGGGACACCGACCACACCCGCAAGCGCUUCGACGUGCCUCCUGCCAACCUGGUCUUGUGGCGUUCAUAGGCCUGUGCCAGUCGGAAGCCCCCCACCCUGCACCCUCACCCCCACAAUGCUGGGUCCCCAAGGGGAAGGGCUGCUUCCUCCCGGAGGAGCAGAAAGUGCCUGGGCUAGGACGGCUGUGCCUUGCCCACUGUCAACAAUGGCAAAGGGAGGUCUCGCUUUUCAGCAGCAAUUAAAGUUUCUUCUUCCUUUCCCUGG